AUGGCUGGCCGCGCGUGCCUCGCGAGCGGCGUGCUCGCGACGCUGCGAGGCGGCAAGCUGCGCGCGCGGUCGCUGCCCACCUCGGCGCGCGGCUGCAGCCUGGACGGCCUCGAGGACGGCGGCGCGGCACAGGGCCCUGGCUUCCUCGAGGCCUUCGGUGCAGUGUACCACCACCUCGUCUCGGGCACGAAGUGCACCGGGCCAGACGCCCUCGCCGGGAACGAGAGGACCUCCGAGAUCGACCUGUCCCACGAGUUCCCGCCAGAGCGGCGCGAGGCGCAGGUCGACCGGAGUGUCCCGCAGCCUCCACCUGGAGGGCAGCCCGCGCUGUCUGUCCACCGCCUGUGA